UAUCUCAACCAGAACAAGCAUCAGCCAGUACACAGAGAGGAGGGGAAGAAAACUAUCUGGUAUAGUAAUCGUUUGAGAGUACCAUUUGGGACUGGAGUGGCUUUUCGUCAUGUCAGCAGCUGUGAAGAGACUCUUCUGAAGCUCGUUCUCUGACCCUCCUGGAUUGAACUCUCACACUGGAAUGUGUCUGAAACUUUUCACCCACUGGACAGAUAUCUUUUACAAGCAAGACAUCUUUUUUAUCAGAAACAACAGGUGAAUUUCUAAUAAGAACCGUGACAGAAACCAGAAGCAACAAUGAACACCACAGCCACACCACUAGCGACAACUUCAACUUCAAACUUAACAUGUGUUAAAAUUGGUGAGAGUGCCUUUAGUGACUUUCUGAUGGCGGUUUACAUCCUGGCUUUUAUCUUUGGUUUGAUCUUCAAUUUGCUGACCCUCGUUCCCAUUUCGCAACAAGUGCGGAGGCAAAACGUUCUGGGCAUCUUCCUGCUAAGCCUGUCCAUCUCUGACAUUCUUUUCAUCUUCACCAUGCCCCUUUGGAUAAAUUAUUACCGACAGGACCACAAAUGGCAACUAGGUGUUAUAAGCUGCAGUGUAGCCGGCUUCUUCUACUACUCCAACAUGUACAUCAGUAUCUACCUGCUCUGCUGUAUCUCUGUGGACCGCUACCUGGUGAUCAAGUACCCACUCCGCUCAAAGACCCAUCGUACAUCACGCUACGCCUGGGCACAGUCCCUCACUGUUUAUGUUGUAGUGGUGGCGAUGCACAUCGCAGUGCUGGUCCUUGACAAUCUCAAGGACGCCCAUGAUGACAAGAAUAACAAUGACCGUUGUUAUGAGACCUACCCCAUGCAGACACCUAUCGCCUUCUUCAACCUGGUCAGAGUGGUCAUUGGCUUCCUGAUCCCACUGCUGGUGUUGGCUUUCAGCUACUGGGGGGUACUAGCCACUGUAGGCAAAAGUCCCGGCCUGACUGCCCAGGCUAAAAGGAAGGUCCGUUUGCUGUCCUUUGGGGUAAUCGGCAUCUUCUCAAUUUGCUUCGCUCCAUACCAUAUUCUCCUGCUCAUACGCUCAGUUGUCUUCUACCAAAGUGACAAAAUCUUACCUGAUGGAACUUACUGCAAGUUUGAACAGAAUAUGCAUUUCUACUUCUCAUGCACACUGGCGCUGUCCAGUCUGAACUGUGUGGUGGACCCUGUGUUAUAUGCGUUGGUCAGUAAUGGAGUCCAAGAGGAGGUGAAACUAUGCUGCAGGAGGUAUAAAAAUACACCGUCAGAGGACUAUAGCCUUACUACAAAUACCAGAGGAAAGCCUAACAGAAAUUUAAUAUGAAAAGUAAAUGUUUGCAUGUGUGUUUGUGUGGAUGUGCAUAUAUAUGAUU